AUGGUUUGGAUUACCCUCAAACAAACUAAUAAAAUGUUUGUCCAUAUCAACAGAAGACUUGUGCAUCAGAGAUUGUACAGUGGUAGGAAAGGAAUAAUACUAGGAAUUGAAACCUCAUGUGAUGACACAGGUUGUGCUAUUGUUGAUACUGAGGGAAAUAUAUUGGGUGAAUCUCUGAAUUCUCAACAUUUGAUACAUCUCAACAAUGGAGGAAUCAUUCCACCAAUAGCAAAAGAUUUACAUAGAAAACAUAUAGAAAAUGUAGUUGAUGAAGCAGUAGCAUUGGCCAAUUUGAGUUUUGAUGAUAUUGAUGCAAUAGCCACUACAGUUAAACCAGGAAAAUUAAUUAUUGAAUUUGCUUCGAACAAGUUAGAAGGAGGAUUUGGAGAUAACACACCAAUCGUACUUUUUGACGAAGACGUACCAAAUCAAUGUACCUCACUGGGAGUUGCCAACUUAGUAGAGUUACAAUGGAUUAUUAGGUAUUGA